ACUGCGGAGAGGAGACAUUUCUGAACUUCACAGCAAGUUUCUCAGUUAAAACAAAAGCUGCGUGUUCCUGCAGAGCAUGGGCGGCUCACAUCUCAGCGUGUCUCACCCGGAGGCACUAGAUGCCCUUGUCUAAAUGUGAUGGCCAGACCUAUAACAAGGUGGCUUCUGUCCAUCUUGGUGACCAGUGUCUCUGCUGCUGCAGCAGAUCCGCCAGCUCCUCCCUCUGAUCUUGAGUGCUUUAGACCAUGUGACGAGACAAGCUGCCAUGUGGACAUACAGUGCACCUGGGAUCCAAAGUCAGACCCUAAGAUCCCCACUAACUACACCCUGCACUGGGAGCCAGCUCAUAACCACGACAGCCAUGUGAAAGGUGGGACCAGUUUAGACGGUCGCAUUCCUCGAGAGGACUUCUCCGGUGGAGGAGAACUUCGGGUUUGGGUCGAGGCCGUUAACCAGAAUGGCUCCAACAAAUCUCAGCCGGUCGUCUUUAACGUCGAAGGAAUCACCAAGCCACCCCCACCUAAAGACAUUACAGCCGAACCGGAACCGUUGGAGUUUUUGUGGAACACUUCCUGCAUAGAGUCUUCUGGACACUGUGACAUUCGAUAUCGGACUAAGGGAGAAACAGACUGGCCAAAGUUUGAGGAUGAAGUACAUAGCACCUACGCAGUGGAGGAACCGGACCUUUUUACGGUUUAUGAAUUCCAAGUUCGUUGUGACUGUGGUACAGGAUUAAUGAGCGACUGGAGUAAGAUCCAUAGCGUUAGGAGCUCAGAGUCAGACCCUGUUGGAGAAGUGGAUUUAUGGAGGGACUGCGGUAUUUCCCCUCUAAGCUCUGACUGUUUUCUGACUUGGAAGAGUCUCUCUGAUUCUCAGGCACGUGGGUUCAUUCGUGGAUAUAACCUCACAGUUUUCUACAGCAACGGCUCUAAAUUGCAGAUGUCCACGGCCGAGCCAAACAGGCAGUACGUGCAUGAAAUUGUGGAGCAAUUGUGCAGCAACGGUACCACAAAUGGUAAAGAAGAAAAUGUUCUAAAAGUUAACCUCGAGAUGAAUAAAGAGAACCUCAGCGUGUCCUGGGACCCACCGUCUGACGUCUCCGAGCUAGAAGAAUACGUGGUGCAAUAUAAACAGGCAGGAUCUCCACCUGGCCGAGAGUUUGACUGGAUAAGAGUGAAAAAAAGCCAGAACGGAACAUUUUUUAAAGGUCAGUUUCAGGAGUACAAAGCAUACCAAGUGUCGGUGUUCAAGGUAUUGAACAGCAAGGAAGUCCUCCAUCUCUUCACAGAGAUUGGAUAUUCUCGUCAGAAAGCUCUGUUAGCAGUGCCGUCAUUUAAGGUGGAAACUCUCACUGAGACUGAGGUGACUCUUCACUGGAAAGCCAUUCCUCUCUCCGAGCAGACUGCCCGGAUCUGGUGCUAUGAAAUUGGAUACAAAUGGUCUUGUACCAGAGGUCUGGGAUUUGAGGGCUCCGCACAGUAUCUUAACUCUUCCCAGGACAUUCCCCGAAUCUGCUAA